CCUUGCAGAGUCAACCCUAAUUGUGUUUUCACAAAACAUGAAACUUUACGGUUAGUCUCGCCUCUUUGUUCUGCUGCGACUUCUGAGUUCUGACCACCAAGAAGUGAUCGUCUGCGUUCUCUGUCACCUUCAAUGGUGUUUCGAGAGGUUGUUUGACUCAAAUCAAUCUUCAGUCGCGUCUCUUUGACUUCGCUUUUGGUAACUGAAACGCUCAGAGAUACAGAUUCUUCCCCUUUAUGGCCUUCUUAACUCCAUAGACCGAUGUGCAGACAAAGAGACGCGACUGACAUUGAAUGCAAACAAAGAGACGUGACUGACAUUGAAUGCUACAAGCUAUUCCUCUGCAAGGCGGUGUAUCAACAACUAUAUAAAGAAUCACUAUACCGCCUACUGAUGGAGGAAGAGUUGGUAGCUAACCAAGAGGUGUUCAGGAGGAGAAAGCCUAGGAAGAUAGAUCUAAGUUCUAUGAUAUCCGUCGUACACCGAUGAUCGUUGGUAACUUGAGGAGUUGAUUGAUGAGAAUUAUGCAAUUGCACCGUCAUAUGUUGGGCCUCAGUAUCACGUAUGGAUAUUGUCUUUCGAUUAAGAUCAGCUCGAACCUAGAUGCUCGAUCUUAAGUCUUGCAAUGGAUUUUGUACUAGGUUCUAUCAGUUAUUGUGAUUUUACAAGAUGAGGUGGAUCUGAUGGUGUAUGUGAUGAAAAUUGAGAAGGCUCCUUUGGAUUCUUAUGCUGACAUUGGAGGUAUAGAAGCUCAGAGUCAUGAGAUUAAGGAAGCUGUUGAGUUGCCUUUAACUCAUCCUCAGUUGUAUGCACAUAUUGGUAUUAAGCCAUCCAAGGGUGUGAUUUUUUAUGGUGAGCGAGGAACUGGGAAGACAGUAAUUGCUAAGAUGACUGAACCAUGGAAGCUUGAGGAUGGUCAACCACCAUGCCAUCUUCAAAUGGAGUUACAAAACAGAGACAUAUUCUCAGGAUUUCCCACUACAAGGACCUUGACGUUAGGAGGUGCAACUGCAUUAAGAGCUUUGCCUUGCUCAGCAACUAUCUGUCUGUCCAGUGAUGUCCAACACGACAUGAUGUUCUAUUACAAGGCCUCAAGAUUUUUCACCAAUCAGAAGAGCUCAUUCCACAUCUUGGAACACUUCAUAAGGAUAUGUUCCUAUAUCAACUUCUCUCAGCCAAGGGACACGCAAUCCUCGAGUUCCAUUGCAAUACCAUCGAGAGCUUGGGUUGAUCUCUCUGUUCCAAGAAGUUUCAAAAAAAUGGUUUGGUCUGGUCCAAAUACUGCAUCAGAAGCAAGUUACACCCGGGAAACCAAGUUCAUAAGACCAUAUUAUUAGUAAGUAAUCAUAUCAUAUGUAACAGUAAUGGAAAAGGAGUAACGUACUCUGAUGAGCAACACCUCUCUCACUGUGAUUUAAAAAGGACAAGGGUUCAUGACAGAUUUGAUAACUCUAUUCAUUCUUUUCUUUAAUGUAAUAAAUUCCUCACACUUGGAUU